UCUACAUCAGCAUCUACAGCUCAGAUAACAACUCCACCAAUAUCUUCAUCGAAUGCAUCAAUAUCUAUGACUCAAAAAACUACUUCAGAUGCAUCAGCUGUGGUAUUAUCUACAUCAAAAGAACUAACAUCUACCCAUCAAUCAACAAGUGCACCAACAUCAGCAUUAAUCGCACCAAUAUUUACAUCAACUGCACCAACAUCUACGACUCAAACAACUACGUCAUCUGUAUUAACUGGUAUAUUUUCUACAUCUACACAACCAACAUCCAUCAGUCAAUCAGCAAGUGCACCAACAUCAGCAUUAAUUGCGCCAACAUCUACAUCAGCUGCAACAACACCUAUAACUCUAUCAACAAUAACUGCAACAUCGAUUGCACCAAUAUCUACAAUAGCUGUACCAACAUCUACUACUCACACAGCAACAGCUGCAACAACUGCCACAACCUUAACACCAACUGUGAUAACAUCUACAACUCAAACAACUGCAAUCUUCAAUCAACAAUCUGCAUUGACUCCAUCAAUGCCAACAACUACAUCAACUGCACCAACAUCUACAGCUCAAACAGCAAUAAAUGUACCAACAUCUACAUCAACAUCUACAGCUCAAACAACUACAGCAGCAUCUUCAUCAACUGCAUCAACAUCUGUGACUCAAAGUACUACAUCAACGGCAUCAAUUGUGCUAUUAUCUACGUCUAUGCAAACAACAUCUGCUAGUCAAUCAACUGCAACAACACCUACAACGCAGUCAACAACAACGGCAACAUCGAAAUCAGCGGCACCAGCAUCUACUACUCAAUCAACAACAGCUGCACCAACUUUGAGAUCAACUGUGCCAACAUCUACCAUUCAAUCAUCAACAACAACUUCACCAGCAUCUUCAUCCACUGUCACUCAAAGAACUUCAUCAAUUGCACCAACUGUACUAUUGUCUACAUAUACGCAACCAACAUCUACCAGUCAGUCAACUGCAACAACACCUACUACUCAAACGGCAACAUCGACAUCAGCUGCACCAUCUACUACAAAAACAACAACUGCACCCACUUCGAGAUCAACUGCAUUAACAUCUACUCGAACACCAACACCCACUUCUCAAAUGACAACUCAAGUUAUAUCUACAACGCAACCAGCAAGCCAGUCAACAUCAUCUCCAGAUGUUGUCCCACAAAAUAUGACAGCAUUUGCAUAUGUAGCUUUUAAAUUGAGAUCCUCUGUUGAGCUGAGCAAUGAUGAAAUCGUUACUUAUAUUGAAAAGUUUGUCAAGCACUUUCAAGCAAACAUUAAUGGGACCAUAAAGAUUACUGUGAAGAAAUCAAGAAAAUUGUUGGUCUAAGGAUCUGAUGGAAAACUUCACUGCAAUAAUAGCAUGUUGAAGCCCUGACAAAUUAUAAUCAAAUGCAUUUGUGUAAAAAAAAAAAAAAAAAAACUUUACACAAGGCCACAUCAUUCACAUUAUUAAUUUGAUAUUUAUCAUGCAAUGAUAAAAUCCGAUGCUGUUUUUAGGUGAUGUGUUAUAUUUAAAUACAUUGUAAAUAUAUUUAUGUUUUUGACUUCAAGAUCUCUGACAAUUAUUUUCUCAAUUAUU